CAGGGCACCACCACCCUCCUCUGGACCCAGCAGGGCGCUGGUGGAGCACAGUCUUGCCUCCCUGCACCCGCAGGAGUUCUCAGGCUCCCCUCGCCCACCCUGCUGCCGGUGGAAUCCCCCCGGCCACCCACCGUGCUGGGGGCAGCGCUGAUUUACGACUUGUUGUUGCUGCCACCGAGCAACUACUGCUGUUGCUGCUUCCUCCGGACUUCCCUGGCUGCCAGGAUGCCCCCGACGGGCGGCAAGGCGCUGCUGGAACUGCCAGGCCUGGGUGGCAGAGCGUGGCUCCUGGGGGAGCAGCGCUGCCAAAUUGGGGUUCUAGCCCUUUAAAUCCGAUCCGGUACUGCAAAAAAAAGGACGAGCGAGCAGGAGAGAGCCUUCAGACUCUUUUAAUUAAAGCUUGUACCAUAUUCCCUAUUCCCAAGCCACGGCAGUCACUCCAGCUUCUCCAGGACAUCUCGGGGCUCUCCGGCACCGGCGACAUGGAUGGGGGGAGUCGCUCACCUGGGACCGGCGGCAGGAGAGUCACACUCCGGGCUUUGAUGUCCCCAUGAUGAGCUCACCCAGCGCCCAGAACCUGCCAGCUCACCCUCCUGAUGGGGCUGAUCGAGGAGCGAGGAGAGGGGCAGCCCAAGCAUGAAGGUGGCCGAGGGGACGAGUCUCCUGGGGAGAAGAAGAAGGAGGAGCCGCAGCAGAGGAUGAGACAGCCCGAGUUUCCCUCCUGGCAAAAGAUGCCAUUCCACCAUGUGACAGCUGGCUUGUUGUACAAGGGCAACUACCUGAACCGCUCACUCUCCGCCGGCAGCGACAGCGAACAGCUCGCCAACAUCUCCGUGGAGGAGCUGGAUGAAAUCCGGGAGGCUUUCCGAGUGCUGGACAGGGAUGGGAAUGGCUUCAUCUCCAAGCAGGAGCUGGGCAUGGCCAUGCGCUCGCUGGGGUACAUGCCCAGUGAGGUGGAGCUGGCCAUCAUCAUGCAGCGCCUGGACAUGGAUGGGGAUGGCCAGGUGGAUUUCGAUGAAUUUAUGACCAUCCUGGGCCCUAAGCUGGUGUCGUCGGAGGGCAGGGACGGCUUCCUGGGGAACACAAUAGACAGCAUAUUCUGGCAGUUUGACAUGCAGAGGAUAACGCUGGAGGAGCUGAAGCACAUCCUGUACCACGCCUUCCGCGACCACCUGACGAUGAAGGACAUCGAGAACAUCAUCAUCAACGAGGAGGAGAGCUUGAAUGAGAACUCUGGCAACUGCCAAACAGAGUUUGAAGUGCACGCCCAGAAGCAGAACAGACAGACCUGCGUGCGGAAGAGCCUUAUCUGCGCCUUCGCCAUGGCCUUCAUCAUCAGCGUGAUGCUGAUCGCGGCCAACCAGAUCCUGAGGAGCGGGAUGGAGUAGCCCCUGGCCAUGCCACUGUGACCCGAGCUGCCCAUGCAUGUGCAUGCCCACCUGGGGGAACCUCCCCCCGGCCCGACUCCGCCCGGCAAAGAGACACAGGCAGGCAAAGCACCACCCGAGCGGGAGCCCGAGGCCGGCGGCGUUAACGCGUCUUGUGAAUCAACCACAUCCUUUUUGGCAGGGACAUCAAAGGGCUGUCUUAAUGCUUUAAAGGUUUUGUUUCCUAAUGCAAUAAAAAGAACCACCACCACCACCACCACCCCACCCCCCAUAUACGGGAGUCCCGAAUUAUUGCUUCAAAACAGCGAUGGUCACUCGGAAGGGACUUGGAUGCAGCAGCCUGUGGGGCAGCUUUAAGGAGGCACAGCCUCAGGACUUACUGCAGUGGGGCUGUCUUUGAACCAGGGGCCCACUGACAAUCCCACUGGGCCCACAUUCCCAGGAAGUUGAUCGUAGCAUUGCCACAGGCGAGUCCUGUUUGUUUGAUUUCACCUCCUCCAGCUCCACUUUCCUUUCCUUUAUGACCAUGCCCAUGGACUUCACGGCAUCAGAGGGGAGCCAGAGCAUCUUGUACAGUAUUUUCUGAGGUUAAAAAAAAAAGGAGAAUUCGCCAGCAUCAUACAAAAUGUCUAUUUUUUGCUUCCUAAACACAAGACUGGGGAGUAGUAGGAGUCUGUUUGCCAUUUUUUCCCCGACUGUGAAUCAGGGCUUGAGAAGCACCACCCAUUUUUCACACAUGGGCAUUGCUGAGACUUGUGCACAGUCUUCCAACCGACUCUGCAACCACCAGCACAGCUCCAACUCCCUCUGAGUGGUCCUGUCUGCAUAUUCAACAACAUUUCCUCCCCAGCAGUUCUGCCUUUCUUCACUAUUGGUCUUCAAGGACCUUAUUCAAGAUGAAAACCCCGAGGGAAGCUCUUUCUGAGCUUUCCUUCCCUCUCCUCUCCUCUCCUCACCCGGGCAAUUUUUAUUUCUUUCAUUUCACGCUCCCUGGUUGGAAUCUGCAGUGACACCUCCGUGUCAGGCAUCGUGGGGGAGAGGUUCCAUUUCCCCUCACACUGCAGAGCGUGGUUUGGACCAUCCAGCUGCUCUGGUGCCUCCCAGGAGCCUUCCCACCAUCGCCACCUCUGUCCCUUGGGCAGGCUCCAAGGAGGGCAAGGGGAAAAAGGAGAAGAAGGAUCCAAACUAGAGCCCACCACCAUGUGUUGUGAGGCCUGUCAGACUUUCAGAUCCUGUGAGUGCUUGUUAUCUCCCCUGGAGGGGAUUUUAAUGAGCAGCAAGGAGAAGAUGGGGUGAUGCAGACUGGAGACGCGAGCGCUGGGCGAGCCUGGAGCCAGGAUUGCAGCAGGGAGGAUUUUUCCUUUCUCAGCUUGACACAAAUCCUUGCAUUUGCCUUUGGAUGAACUGGCUGUCACACCAGGAUACAUCUGAUUCCUUGCCCUGGUGGAAGAGGUUCCCCAGCUGGUGCCCAGGGAGGUCCAUGCAGUUGGAGCUGAGUUGUUGUGCCGGCUGGGAAAGCUCCAGAGCUCCAAGGAACAGUGAGAUUGUGCUCCUGUAAAUGUAGGGGACUGUUUCCUGUGCCCCAGGAGGGGCAGGAUGGCUCCCCAAGGGAUUACAAACCACCAGCUUCCUCCAUCCUACACAGCAGCCAUUGACUUAAACCUGGAUCCAUCCCAAAGACUCAUUGCAGGUCAUUCUUUGAUGACAAGUUUGAUUGAUAACAUUUAACCUGUAUUUUUAGUAGCCUAAUUUAAAAAUCUGUUUCUUGUUGGUCUGUGUCCCAUCAGCCCUUUGAACUCAAGUCACCCACCUCAUCACUGUCCUUUUCCUGGUGUCCCCCUCCAUCACAAGGACAACAACCCCCUUCUCCAGAGCAGCUGAGUUCCUUUUUUCUGCCUUUCCCAAACACCCAACUUCUGCAUUUCUGUUCUGCUGUGACAAACGAGGUGAACUGCAAAAUGUUCCCUAAAAAAACUGGUUCUGUCUCCCAGAAGAUGGAGAGGUUUGUGUUUGCUGGAGGGCAGCAGCAGACUUCAAACCAGCAGCAGGGUAUCUUAGGGCAGCUCUGGCGUGGGAUCUGCAGCUUUGGGGGGGCCAAGGGACACGGGCUGAGCUGGUCAGUGCAGAUAAUGAGCAUUGAGAUCAUCUGAAGGAAACUGUCAUCACAUUUUGAGGUCUCAGGGGUCUGUGGAGAGGUGGUAGCAGUGAAAAAAACCUCUAAACUUCACUUGUCACUGAGUAAUCCUUAUUUUUUUCUCCCGGGGCUGUGCUGGAGGGAACACGGAGAGGAGGGGGCGGCUGGAGAGGUGGGCACUGACCCACCCCCCCCCAGCAGUGGCAGAAACACAGGGCCCCCUUUGCUGAGCCCACAAACACACCCUAAACCACAGAGCAGGCAUCUCCACACCCUUCUCCCAGUGAACAUCCAGCAGACUCCAACCCCUGCAGCUCCCUCAGGACGAGGUGAAUGUCUGCAUCCCUCUAAGCUCCCUGGAAGGCUCCAUGGUUUCCUCGUGCAUGCUCCAUGAGAACCACUGUAAAUACAGCCAUUCUUCACCCUCAAGCUCCAUUUGUAAAGCCAAACCUAGAACUAAUACCUUGGUAAAAGCCAUAGCCUGGUGUCAGUAGAGUUCAUUGCACAACUCCCCACUGAUUUCACUGGGUACAGGAUUUUUGGGAGGGUUCUGGGGGUGAUUUUCCUGUAGGGAAACUAAUUUAUCUGUUAUGAAUCAGUGUCAUGUCUUGCCAGAGGUCCUUCUUUUCCUUCCUAUAUCCACCUUUCAUCUGCAGGCAUCUUGAAGAGCUCCCUUCUUUAAUCAGCCAGGCUCCACUGGCAAUGCAGGAUGGAUCAGGCAGAGCUAUUUCAUCCUUUCCUCUCCCCAAAACCUUCCCAUCCUUCCCAACCAGCAGCACUGGACCUGUGUCUCCUCCCAGCCUCCCUGGCUCCAUUUAUGUAACAUCCAUUUAUCUUUUUUUUUUUUCCUUCUUCUUCUUCUACACAAGAAGGGGGGAAAAAAAGGGCUUUUUGCUGCUUUUACAGACAGUAGGUAAAAAUAGAGCGGUAAAAUUUUGAUUGGAACCUGAUGGCAAAAGCUUAGGGGGAAGAAAGUAGAGAAGAAUCAAAGACAUAAAAAUAAAAAACCCCACAUCCCGUACUUGAAGGAAAAAAAAAAAACUAUUUAAGUGCUAAUUAACAUAGUUUAAAAAAUACCCAGACUGCAGCGAGGUAGAGCUGUCAGAAAAAGCACUAAACUUCUGCUCUUACCAGUUACAGGAGAAUUUAAGUGUCUUUUCAGCACUGCAAUUCUGGAGGAAAAGGAGAUUGCCAUGGCAACCCCGGCUGUUCGUGACAUGUGAGCGCCGUGUCGGAGCCACGGAGCUGUCCCUGCCCUGCUCCAGCUCACAGGGAUGGACAAACAGCUCCCAGAAACCCAGCACGGGGUUCUGCUCCCAGAGUGGGGAAUCAUCAGGAAAUCGGGACAACUCUGCAGCUUCUCCCGAGGGGCAGGACUGAGCUCUGCUCUGGGGGGAGCAGGGACAGCCCCCAGGGAAUGGCUGGAGCUGUGUCAGGGCAGGCUCAGGGUGGAUCUCAGCAAAAGGUUCUUCCCCCAGAGGGUGGUUGGCACUGAACAGGCUCCCCAGGGCAGUGGGCACAGCCCCAAGGCUGCCAGAGCUGCAGGAGGGUUUGGAUGAUCCUCUGGGGCACAGGGGGGGACUCUUGGGGCUGGGCCUGUGCAGGGCUGAGGGUUGGACUCCAGGAUCCUUGGGGGUCCCUCCCAGUUCAGGAUAUUCCAUGACUGUGAUUCUCUAAACUCUCUUGGCUUGGCUUGGGAAGGCUUGGAGAAGGAUGAGGUUGUUUUAGCUUGAGAGAGGCCUUUGUUUUGCUCAGCAGUGAUGGAAAUCAGUGCAGCCUGAGCUCUGCACACAGGCUGUCCUGGGCUUGGAGAGGACACUUUGGGCAGGGUCUCCAUGCAGGGAUUGAUCCCUGAUGGAAGGGUUUGAGUUGUCCCUGCUGGGACAUCACUGGGCUGCACUGCUGAUAACCAUUGACUUUGGCUUUGACUUUGAGGGCACAUCCUCAUCCUCUGCUCCUGGAGAAGCCAGAGCAGGGAACAGCAGCCACAUGACAUGAAAUCAAAUGACAGCAGGCCCUUGACUGAAAUAAUUUGGAGGCCAGGGAGAAGAGCAUUCCAGCAACAGGAACAUUGCUCACCCAUCAGGUCAAAAGCCAUAAUUUAAGGGCAGCCAUCAAGCAAACCAUGAGGAGAUUCCAGGCAGGACAUUGGGGUUGUCCUGUGCAGGGCCAGGAGUUGGAUUUGAUGGUCCUUGAGGGUCCCUUCCAACUCAGAAGGUUCUGUUUUUCUGUUUCUGUGAUGGUGGUGGGGGUGGCCCUGGGGGCCAGGCCCCUGCUGUGCCACCCAAGGACCUCGUGGGAGCCUGAUCCUCUCCACGAGUCCAAACACUGGGAAGUCAUUUCUAAUCAGGAGCAACAUCAACAGGAAUUUAAAGAAUCAAGCAGGGUGGGUAACUGGGAAGACUUGGCUUUCUUAGGGAGAACCUGGUCCUCCUGCUGGGGGAGGUCGUGUAGGGUGAAGGAGAGCUGGGAAAGUGUUUGAUGGGGACCCACAAACCUGCCAUUUACUGGCAGCAGACACCCUGACCUGGGGAAGGUGGUCACAGACCUUUAAGGUUCACAGACCUUCAAGGUUCACAGGCUCCCAGGACAGGAGUGUGGGAGCAGAAGAGCUGAAUAUCUGGGUGUCAUCCUGUGAUCUGGAGAGAUUUUUCAUCCAGAGGUUUUUGGGAGCUCCCCUGUUGGACCUGGGGCACAGGGAGGGCUGGGUGUUGGUUGCUCUCUGUGGGAGACUUCCAGAAACUUUGUAAAAAGGAUUUGUACAUAGACACCCAGCUUUUUAAGCAGGGGCCAAGCAAAUAGGGUUUUAAAUCUCCAAACAGGGCAGCAAGCAAGGAAAUCAAGCAAAAGUAAAAAGCUUUGAGUGGCUGAGGUGUGUUUGGACCAGCAAAGCACCUCCUGGCAAAGCUGCUUUUUUUUUUUUCCAUGGAAAGCACAGGAAUAUCUGAUCACGAGAAACACUUGGCCCGUUGCAAAGACCAAACCAUCUCCUGGGACUCUCAGCUUUUCCCAUGGAAAACCCACCCCCUGUCCUGGUGUGCACGUGCCCAGAGCAGGCAGAGCUGUCACCUCACACCCCGAGAGGAGCUCAGGCCCCAGGCGGACUCAGCUCUGCCAGGAGAAGGAGCAGUAGGAGGAAUACAUUAAACUCCCUAAGAAUGAAGUUCCUUAUUUUAUCCACCCAUGUAAUAAAUUAUUUAGUUUCUGCUUCAUGGACGACUAUUUGAAAGGAUAAAACCCAACUCUUCUAAAAUGGGAAUCUGAUGAAGCCUCUUUUUUUUUUUUUUUUAUUUUUCCUUGGCUCUGAUUCACGCUCGUGUUCUGCAGAUGAAGAUGUACAGAACUUGCUGGGUUUCAAUCUAUUCUCUUACUGUACUGUGCUCUGACAGAGCAAUUACAUCUCCCUGGCAUCACUUAAAGCCUUUUACUUCCCCAGGAAUUUGAUGCAGGGAGAGAAGAAGUUCAGAGCGUUUUCACCUCUUUAUGCUGUCAGUUGUUAUCAGGGCUGGAUGUUGUUCUCCAGUUGCAGGAGGACAUUUCAGGCAGCUCCAGGAGGUGGAGAAGCUUCACCAAGAGCAAGAUGGACAGCAAAUCUAAUUGGGAGCGUUUUAAUUGCAAGUUUGCUUCACUCACACCUCUCCAGUGGCAAAAGUCUGAAAAAACUGCCUCAGUUUGGCAUCUUCACUGAAAUAAUUUCAGCCCCAGAAGCAAGGAGGGGAGGGAGAAGGGAGGAAAAGGAAAUCCUCUGGGUCUGAACAUCCCUACUGGGCUAUUUGAUGAUGAAAAUACCCCAGGGUUUUUUUUAUUUUCUGUCAGGACAGACCAAAACCCUUUGUAGCCUUGAAGAGUGUUGCUGAGUGACAUUGCCAUUUUCCAUAUAUAUAAAUAUGUAUGUAUAUAUGCCAUUAUCUCCCACAGGUUUCUUUGCCAACACCACAAAUAAUCAGCUGUUUGAACAACACUUUAGGUGAGCUCCAGGCCCCACUUUUCCUUUAUCAGCUGGUCUUGUGUCUUCACCAGCCAACACAUGGACAUCUGAGCUCCAGGAGCCACCCCUUGGCAGCCCUCAGGCACGUCUUGUGUGUCCUGUGGGCAAUUCCCAGCCCCAAAUUCCAUGUGUUUGCAGAAUCAGGCCCCUGGGGUGCCCAUUUAAUACCAAUUUUCAACCCCCUGCCCCUGUAUUUGCCCUGCACCAGCCCAGGAAUGCUGUUCCAUUUCCAACCAGCUCUCUGAGAGGAGCCCAAGUUAUUUCAGCUCUUGCUGUCUCAGAUUUAAUGGGGUGGGGAUGAAGAGAGAUGAAGUUCCUCGUGGACUCCAGGGUAAAUCACAAAUAACUCGUUAGAGUUAAUUGGCUUAAACUGGAAUGAGCCCAAAAUCCAGCCUGUUGCCAUUUAAUCCAUACAAGGAUCUAAGUAAUCAAUGCCUCCUGAUUCAUCUCUAGGAAGUUCUCCACUAAUCCACGUGUCUCCUUUCUGUCAGCAUUUCAUGUUUCCGAGCCAUUUACUGUUCAUUUGUCGACUGGAAGACAUGGCAUUUUAAUUAAAGGCAACAAUUCACAAAGUCAGCAGCAUCGUAGUAAAAAAAUAAAGUAAAUAAAUAAUAAUAAAAAAAAAAAACUACAAGAAAUCUUUGUACAAAAAGCUGUAAAUAUUAAUAUAAAUUAACUUGGCAUGCAACUGAACUAAAUCCUAUGUUAUUGCAAGUUAUCCAAGUGUAUAAAGAAGUGUAUAAAGGAAAACCGAGUGCCAUAUGUAUCAGCUGUUUCCUCCAACCAAACUCUACUGUAAAUAUAUAACCUGUAUAAAAAUAUUUUAAUUUUACCAUUAUUUAUGCAAUAGAAAUAAAGGUUGGGUUUGGUUUUUUUUUUCUUUU